GUUUGUCCCACAGUGCAGCGCUGACCAGGAAUCCAAUUGGAAGUUUAAGUUCGCACUCACGACUUUAUAGUCCAAUUGGCCACAAGGAUUAUCCCCCAAACACUACACACAUUUCAAUCCACCAACAUGUUCUUCAAACUGAUGUUCGCCUCCUGCCUGGUCUUGGUGCUGGCCAAGCCACAGCAUCCGCCAGCUGCUCAAUAUCCAGCUGGUGUGAAUCCUCAGGACUGUCCCGGCUUCCCCAUCUGUGAUAAUGCACGCCUCCACAAUCCGCAUUCGCAGUGGCAGCAACCACAACCCCAGUGGCAACAACCCCAGCCACAGUGGCAGCCACAGCCCCAGCAGCACUGGCAGCAACCUCAACAGCAAUGGCAGCAACCACAACAGCAGUGGCAGCCACAGCCCUCGUGGAAUGCCCAACCAGCCCCGGCUGCCGGUGGCGGUGACAAGUAUCCGGCUGGCAUCAAUCCCCAGACCUGCCCCAACUAUCCCUACUGUGAUGUGAAUGCUGGACACGCUGGUGCCCCAGUUGCUGCCCCACCAUUGCCCGGCUGGACGGAGCGUCUCUAUCCCGCUGGUGUCUCGCCCCAUCAGUGCCCCAACUUCCCCUACUGCAACUAAGCUGCUACUCAUCCGUCCUUUGCUAUCCACCCACACUUUCCACACUGUCGCCUACAAUCUGUCUACAAUCUACGAUCACUCAUUACACGCAUUUUCCACUUACUUAGCUUCCUCUUAACGCUACAAGUUCUCAAUUAUAAAACUCUGUUGUUGGCGUCAAAUAAAAAAGCAUGUUGGUCAUAAAAAUAGUACAA